UCUGGACAUUGCCUUUAUUAUCACCACUCACAUCCUGUUCACAAGUGGUGUCAGAAACGGGAUUUUACAAUGGACCCUGCAGCACUGAACACCAUGAUGGAGGCUCAGGCACGUAGGCAUGAAGAGACCUUGGCAGCGGUGAUGGAGAGGAUGAAUGCCAUGUUCCUCGCGGCCAACCAGAGGAGGGAACCGGUGGCCGAACCAGCAGUAGCGCCUCCGAAACCUAAAGUGGUGAAGAUGUCGCUGGAGGAUGAUCCCGAGGCCUAUUUAACAUCCUUUGAAAGGCAGGCGACAGCAGCCCUAUGGCCUCGGGAGUGGUGGGCUACCCAGCUGGGACCCAAUCUGAUCGGGGAAGCCCAGGCAGCCUACCACGCUUUAACCCAUGAACAAGCCAUGGAUUAUGAUCUUGUAAAGAAAGCCAUCCUUCAGCGACUGGACAUCACGGAGGAGACGCACCGCCGCCGGUUCCGGGAGUACCAACGCCCAGAAGGAGUCCGACCCCGAGUAAUGGCCCAGCAGUUGGUGGACCAGGUGACCCGGUGGCUCUGCCCUGGUGAACGCACAGCAGAGGAGGUGGCUGAGAUUGUCACCAUUGAACAAUUUAUACAGUUGCUGGGGCCAGAAGCCAGUAAUUGGGUCAGCCGGCACCGGCCCACCACGCUGGACGCCGCGGUCAGGUUGGCUGAGGGGUACGAGGACUCUAUGCCCACACCGCUGCCCACCCCGAUACAUUCCACGCCGACCUUCAUCAGACCCAGGAUGGCGGGCCCAAGGCCGGGGCCCCUUCACCCACACACACCCUUCACGUCUGGACCAGCACCCUCACGUUCCCCAACGGGUGGCCUCGCUCCACAACACUGGAGGCCGAGGUCAACCCCCAGCUGGGGUAGAACAGGGGCCCCCUCCCCGCUGUCAGGUCGGCAGCGGGACAAUCAGGCUCCGUGGGCGCCUCUCCCUCUGGAAUGUUACCGGUGCCAUGGGGUCGGCCACCUUGCCCGGAAUUGCCCCUCAGCAAUGGAGUGUGGUGCGGCUUCGCAUUAUUUGGUACCGGCGACAGAGGAGGAGUGAGAGUCGGGAGCUGCAGCCGCGGAGCCAGCAUUAGACCCGGAGCACGUCCCUCACAGCACAACACAGCACAGCACCAGCACUCACCACGACCCCGGAAGAAAGAGCACAGUUUCGUGCACGGAGGAUUGUGGUUCAGGAGUGUCAUUCUUUUGUUAAUAAGGACUGUAAACCUGCCGU